AUGUCAAAUGUACCAUGUGCUCCAGACGUCACACACAAACUAAUGUCAGUAAAACGUUUAGAAAAGAAUGGACUAACAGUUAAAUUUUGCGAACAGAAGGCGCAAAUUUAUAAAACUACCGAUUUGUUCGUAGAACGAAUAAGGAAAGACAAGCGAUAUGAUAUAAUAAUGUCAGAAAAGGAACAAUCAGAAGCCAACCUAGCAACAACGGAAACUACGAGUUCAUGGCAUAAAAGGUAUGGUCACAUAAGCAAACCAAAUCUUGUUCGACUCUAA